AUGACUUCCACCGACAUUGAAGGCCAAUUCAAGCACGAUAUAUCAUCAAAGGAGAUUGAGCAUGCAAGCAUUCAUGACUCCUUCUCCCCAGAGGAGGAGAAGGCCCUCCUGAGGAAGAUAGACUUGACCCUGUUGCCAACCAUCUGGUUCAUGUAUCUGCUUUCUUACUUGGACCGUACCAACAUUGGCAAUGCGAAAAUCUCUGGAAUGCAGACAGACUUAAACCUGACCUCCAACCAAUACUCGGUGGCGUUGGUAGUGUUCUUUGUGGGCUAUGUGAUUUUCGAGGUACCUAGCAACCUUGUUCUAGGUCGCACACGCCCAUCGAUAUUCCUCCCCACUAUCAUGAUCAUAUGGGGAACUUUAACAUGCGUCAUGGCAGUCAUCAAGGACUUCAAACACCUCGUGGUUCUCCGUGUCUUGAUUGGGUGUGUCGAAGCUGGCUUCGCCCCCGGUGUUCUUCUUGUACUGUCGUCUUGGUACAAGCGAACUGAACAGUCUAAGAGAUUUGGUGUUUAUAUCUCGGCCGCCAUUCUUUCAGGUGCAUUCGGCGGCCUGCUAGCCGCAUUGAUUGUGAAGCACCUCGAGGGUGUGCACGGCAUUCGAGGCUGGAGAUGGCUGUUCAUCGUCGAGGGUGCCGCGACUAUUGGCUGGGCAUUGAUCGCUCUGUUCAUUCUGCCUGACUUCCCAUCCACUUCAAGGCGUCUUUCUGAGCGCGAGAAGCACGUUGCGGUGGCCCGUCUAGCUACUGAGAAUGUCACCGCCAUUACUGCCGAUGGUGAACAACUUAGCAACUGGGGGGCAAUCAAGGUGUCCGUUAGUGACUGGCGCACUUGGGCGUUCGUGGUGGGCUACAUGGUCAUUGUUGGCUCAAGCACUCUCACUUACUUCUACCCAACACUCGUCAAGGGUCUCUUCGGCAAUGCUUCGACGGAGAAGAUCAAUUUCCUUACCAUCCCUAUCUACGGGGUUGCCUUUGUCUGUACAGCCAUCACUGCAUACUUCAGCGACAAGAUUCCAGGAUGGCGAGGCCUGGUUAUUGCUUGCUGGUUGACAUUCUCGUUGAUUUGCUCAAUCAUUGUCUGUGCAGUAUACAAUUUCACCGCUCGAUACGUCUUGCUCGUCCUCAUGGCUGCCGGACUAUGGGCAACUAAUGCCGGUACUCUGGCCUUUGCCUCGUCCGCAUUUGCUGGGAUGCAUCCACAGGCGCGUGGUGUCAGUCUGGCUCUGGUGAACGCGCUUGGAAAUCUAGCUCAAAUCUACGGAUCGUAUCUCUUCCCUGAUUCAGAUCGCCCCAAGUACAUUAAGGGAUUCUCUGUCAUCUCUGCAAUGUUGGUGGUGGGAAUCAUCGUCUUUAGCGGGCUGCACAUUUGGUUCCGCCGCAACGCAAAGACUUUGGCUGAGCAGUGA